UCCGCCGAGGCUGUUCAGCUGGUGAGCCAAACAUCCACACAGAAGAAGAGAUGAGCAGCCAAACCGGUCGCGGAAAAACGAGAAGAUCAGUGGAAAGGAGAAGCGGCCCGGCCUCGCAGGUGUUGCCAAACGUUAUUCUGUGCUGAGGAGGAAAACGCUUCAUCUUUGUUGUGACGGGGCCAUCUGCUGCGGGACGUGGAGUGGCUGUAAAGCUCCAGCCAUCACAGCCGUCUACCUCAGACCGAUGGCCGUGCAUCAGACUCCAGUAGCAUCGCACCAUUAUUAAAAUAAGAGAGGAAGAAGAGCUCCAGUCGCUCACUGGUUGCCAUGCUGGAUUCCUCCAUGUGACCCUGAAGCUACUGGAGCUUCCCUCUUUCAUAUAACAUGCUAGCAUAUGGCUAGCCGAGCAUAUUGAUAGAUCAGGCCAGUGACCUUUCGCAUCACCUCUGGCCCCUGCAAGGGGGUCUGAAAUGAUUGAUUCCAUUGCUGGCCAAAUAUAUUUUUGCAUGGAUUUAUUUGAUCAUCCCUCCUCCCAGAAAACGCAGAACAAAAGCAAACCUUUACACAGGUCUGCUCCCAUCAUCAGUGGCAUUCAGUUUACCCUCAAUAACAUCUCGAUCUUCAUCUGAAGUCAUCUCGGCUGCACCUGGAUCAGUCUCCGCCCUGCAGACAGUCAGAGCGCUCAGCCCGGUCAGCUCCUCGUCCCUGAGCCGCAAGGCUGUCGUUUUGGUGGUCUGUGUAGUUGCAUGGAAUCGGCUUAACCGUGGAGCGACCAGGCUACCACAAACUGAUGGACUUUGACAAGCGAGGAGUUGGAGGAGGAGGAGGAGGCGGUGGAGGAGGAGGAGGAGGUGGGGUGGUAGCAAAGGGGGAGUCAGAGGAGGGGAAGAGGAUGCCUGGAAAGACGGGCAGCAGGUCGGGGCACAGCGGCCGGGGAACCGGCUCCAACUCCGGGGUUCUGAUGGUCGGACCGAACUUCCGAGUGGGGAAGAAGAUCGGCUGUGGGAACUUCGGAGAGCUGCGACUGGGAAAGAACCUGUACACCAAUGAAUAUGUGGCUAUCAAACUGGAGCCAAUCAAGUCCCGGGCGCCACAGCUGCACCUAGAGUAUCGCUUCUACAAGCAGCUAGGAAGUGCAGAUGGCGUGCCACAGGUGUUUUACUUUGGACCGUGUGGAAAAUACAAUGCCAUGGUGCUGGAGCUGCUGGGACCCAGCUUAGAAGAUCUGUUUGACCUCUGUGACAGAACCUUCUCUUUAAAGACCGUUCUCAUGAUAGCCAUACAGCUGAUCACUCGGAUGGAGUUUGUCCACACCAGAAGCCUGAUCUACAGGGAUGUGAAGCCGGAGAACUUCCUGGUGGGCCGGCCCGGCUCCAAGCGGCAGCACACCAUCCACAUCAUCGACUUCGGCCUGGCGAAGGAGUACAUCGAUCCCGAGACGAAGAAACACAUCCCGUACAGGGAACACAAGAGUCUGACCGGAACCGCCAGAUACAUGAGCAUCAACACGCAUCUAGGAAAAGAACAAAGCCGGCGGGACGACCUGGAAGCUCUGGGCCACAUGUUCAUGUACUUCCUGCGAGGCAGCCUGCCCUGGCAGGGACUGAAGGCUGACACCUUGAAAGAGCGGUAUCAGAAGAUCGGAGACACAAAGAGAGACACACCGAUAGAGGUCCUCUGUGAGAGUUUCCCAGAAGAGAUGGCCACCUAUCUGCGGUAUGUGCGCCGACUGGACUUCUUCGAGAAACCAGACUACGACUAUCUAAGGAAGCUCUUCACGGACCUUUUCGACAGGAACGGAUACAUCUUUGACUACCAGUAUGAUUGGACUGGAAAGCCACUGCCCACUCCGAUCGGUCCGGUGCCCAGCGAAACGCCGCUUCACAUCAGCAACAGAGAGAGAGCGCCGCCGAUCAAAAACCAGGUCAUGAGUUCAACUAACGGGGAAUUGAACACCGACGACCCGACUGCAGGACACUCGAAUGCACCAAUCACAGCGAACACAGAGGUUGAAGUGGCCGAUGAUACCAAGUGCUGCUGUUUCUUCAAGAGGAGAAAGAGAAAAGCUCUCCAGAGGCACAAGUGAAAAUCAGAGAGAGAAGGAUUGCUCGCUCACUUUUCUGCACCAUCGCUCUUCUUCUUUCUUUUUUUUUUUUCCUUUGGUCUCUCUAGUCCCGGGGUGUCAAACUCAGUUGGGCCACACUCAGCCUCCUUUCUCCUCAGGUGGGCCAGUUCAGUACACUGAUUUCACCUUAACCUUUAAAUAACAGGAACUUUUUUUUUUUUUUAUGUAAACCAUCUGCUAAAAAAAGAAAAAAAGUGCUCAGCCUGAAAGUUCUUGAGGAAAAAAAUAGCUGCAUUUCCAACACCACAGCAUAUUUUAUGGAUGCCUCCGGUUGCAGAACACUGAGUUGCGAGGGGAAAUGCAACGAGUGACUUGACUUUGUGCUUUAGUUGUCUCGCCGUGUGAAAUCCUGUCUGUUUCUCAGCUGCACACUUCAUAGAAGAGCUUCCAUGUUAAAGCUACUUCAUUCAGGUAACUCGAGGCCAUUAGGAAACGCGGUUAUUUUCACUGAAAACUCUGAGUUCUUUUUCUUUCUGUCUUUUUUUUUUUUUUUUUUUUUACAUUUUGCAAGGAAUGUCACCCUACGGGCCGUUUUUGGCCCACGGGCUGCAUGUUUGACACCCCUGAUCUAGUGCUUUUUUUUUUCUUUCUUUCUUUUCAUCCAACCUUCUCUCUAAGCCCCCCCCCCCCCCGUGCUACUGGAAGUCCCGCCCCCUGCCGGGCCGAUCCGCUGACGUCGUCCCGCCUCAGUUUGAGCGCCGGCUGCACCGGCGGCGGACCCUCUGUGUAUUUCUGGUCAUGAUAGAACUGAAACAACACACCACAGCCCCGUGGGUGAAGACGUGACCAGAAAGCAACAGUUUCUAGACUGUAAAAAGCUAAUGGAAUGACAAAUGGAUCUAUCUGCUUCACUGACAGACUGGAUGAUUCCGUUUUUUUUUUUUUUGUUUUGUUUUGUUUUUUGUUUUAUUCUUCUUACAAAAGCAUGAAAUGCAAUGAGACUCUUGGACCCCUCGUUGGAAAAACACA